UGGAAGAGUGGAGACUUCUGUAAGACAUGGAUAGAUGCAAACAUGUAGGGCGGUUGCGGCUGGCCCAGGACCACUCCAUCCUGAACCCUCAGAAGUGGUGCUGCAGGGAGUGCACCACCACGGAGUCCGUCUGGGCUUGUCUCAAGUGCUCGCACGUGGCCUGCGGCCGCUACAUUGAAGACCACGCCCUUAAACACUUUGAAGAGACCGGACACCCGCUAGCCAUGGAGGUCCGGGAUCUCUACGUGUUCUGUUACCUGUGCAAGGACUACGUGCUCAAUGAUAACCCGGAGGGGGACCUAAAGCUGCUGAGAAGCGCCCUCCUGGCGGUCAGGGGCCAGAAGCAGGACCCGCCGGGGAGGCGCGGCCGGACGCUGCGGUCCAUGGCCUCGGGCGAGGAUGCGGCCCCGCCGCCGCGCGCUCCUCAGGGACAGCCGCAGAUGCUCACGGCUCUGUGGUACCGGCGCCAGCGCCUGCUGGGCAAAACGCUGCGGCUCUGGUUUGAGAAAAGCUCCCGGGGCCAGGCGAAGCUGGAGCAGCGGCGGCGGGAGGAGGCGCUGGAGCGCAAGAAGGAGGCAGCGCGGCAGCGGCGGCGCGAGGUCAAGAGGCGGCUGCUGGAGGAGCUGGCCAGUGCCCCUCCGCGCAAGAGCGCGCGCCUGCUGCUGCACGCACCCCGAGCCGCCGCCCCGCGCCCUGCCGCCCCGCGCACACCCGCCGGGGGCCGCCUCCCGCCGCGCCGCGCGCCCGCCGUGGCACCGGGCGUCACCGGCCUGCGCAACCUGGGCAACACCUGCUACAUGAAUUCCAUCCUGCAGGUGCUCAGCCACCUCCAGAAGUUCCGAGAGUGUUUCCUGAACCUCGACCCUUCCAAAACGGAACAGCUCUUUCCCAAAGCCACCAACGGGAAGGCGCCACUCUCGGACAGGCCGGCCAGCAGCUCGGCCACCGAGCUGUCACCGAGGAACGUCAGGGCCGAGUCGUGCGAACGCGAGGGCCUCUGCUGGAACGGCGGGGCUUCCAUCACCAGGAGCCUAGAACUCAUCCAGAACAAGGAGCCCAGCUCGAAACACAUGUCCCUCUGCCACGAACUGCACACCCUCUUCCGAGUCAUGUGGUCUGGAAAGUGGGCCCUGGUGUCGCCCUUCGCCAUGCUUCACUCGGUGUGGAGCCUGAUCCCCGCCUUCCGCGGCUACGACCAGCAGGAUGCGCAGGAGUUUCUGUGCGAGUUGUUGCACAAAGUGCAGCAGGAACUCGAGUCCGAAGGCACCGCGCACCGUAUCCUCAUCCCCUUCUCCCAGAGGAAGCUCACCAAACAGGUCUUAAAGGUGGUGAAUACCAUAUUUCACGGGCAGCUACUCAGUCAGGUCACAUGUAUAUCAUGCAAUUAUAAAUCCAACACCAUUGAGCCCUUUUGGGAUCUGUCCCUGGAAUUCCCUGAACGCUAUCACUGCAUAGAAAAGGGAUUUGUCCCUUUGAAUCAGACAGAGUGCCUGCUCACUGAGAUGCUGGCCAAGUUCACAGAGACAGAGGCCCUGGAAGGGAGAAUCUACGCUUGUGAUCAGUGUAACAGCAAACGACGAAAAUCCAAUCCCAAACCCCUUGUUCUGAGUGAAGCUAGAAAGCAGUUAAUGAUCUACAGACUACCUCAGGUCCUGCGGCUGCACCUUAAAAGAUUCAGGUGGUCUGGCCGUAAUCACCGAGAGAAGAUUGGGGUCCAUGUCGUCUUUGACCAGGUAUUAACCAUGGAACCUUACUGCUGCAGGGACAUGCUCUCCUCUCUUGACAAAGAGACCUUUGCCUAUGAUCUCUCCGCAGUGGUCAUGCAUCACGGGAAAGGGUUUGGCUCAGGACACUACACAGCCUAUUGCUACAACACAGAGGGAGGUUUUUGGGUCCACUGCAAUGACUCAAAGCUGAAUGUAUGCAGUGUCGAGGAAGUGUGCAAAACUCAAGCCUACAUCCUUUUUUACACUCAAAGAACAGUUCAGGGCAAUGCAAGAAUCUCAGAAACCCAACUCCAAGCUCAGGUGCAGCCCAGCAACAACGGUGAGGGCAGACCACGGACCUUCCCCUGAAUGGGAGGCAUGUAUCAAAAGACUGGCUUGCUUUUACACUAUUGGUGUCUGUACAUCUUUCCUCUUACAGGAAGUAAGGUUUACUGCAGGAACAGAUGACUAGGUUUGCCUCACUGGGUCUAGAGCAGAAGGUGCCAGGUGACUCAUGUCCUAUCAUAAAAUCUGUAGUCACUUUCUUUUGAAUGGAUUGAGGAAUUCCCUCCUUUGAUAAAAAUCAAAAGGAGUAACUUGUAUGAAGAUUCUUUCAUCAAUUGCUUCUGGAUAUAGAGGGACCUGGGUGGAGCAAGGAGGGAGUAAAUUGGUCAUAUCCAGCCAGGAGACAGCCGUGUUCUCGUUCUAUGUGUGAUUAGUCAGGACCUCCUUGCAGCACCACCCUCCCGAUGUGAGCAUCCCUGGACAGAACACAGGAGUGGCCCUGGGCUUGCAGCUGGCCUGAUGGGCAUGAUUGCAAGGCAGGAGAAUUCUAAGGAUUUGUUCCUACAAAGGAAGGAACGUUCAAGGGUUAAAAAUUUGCAAGCUUCCUUUUUGGGGGGAUAGCAGUUGAAGAGUGGAAUGAGAUGCAUGGAGCAAAUUUCCCCAUGCAAAAUGUGAGGUUUUCCACGUCAUCUUCUCCCUGGCUGCUGCUCAUUUAAUCAUUCCACAUCUUCUGAGACUGGCAUGGAGAUGCCUUAUUCUAAAGGAGCAGUUCAUACAGGGAAGCAAUAAGCUGGCACAUGACAUGUUCUCUGUUGCAUGCUAAGCGUAAGGGUACUCCUGGCUACCCAGGUCUGUAGCAGAUCCGUGGUUCGGGUCAGGUAAAGGUCUAGGGCUCGGUUUACAUUGGUCUUUAGGUCAGUUGUCUGAGGCUUUCUCAGAACUCAGCUGAGAGUGGGCAGGGAGAGCUGGUGGCCCAGGGGCUUAUCUGAAUGUCUGUCACCCAUUCUCACCUGGUGUGGCGUGCAGUUUUUCUUCUUGCACCUGGAAGGCUAGAACAUUAUUGUUCACCGCAAGGUUUGGGAGCUUUUGCUUUCCUAGGGCUUAGGAAUCUGCCCCUUGUAUGUCUGAACAGUUGACUGCUGAUGCCCCUGGCCUGUUUCCUCCCAAAUCUGGUAAUCCCGGCUGGUUCCUUACCCAGCCACAUUCAGUCCACCAGAGAAAAGCAAGAGUGCCCUGUCCUUUACUCCAGUGCUGUAAAAUAGAUCUUUCUCUCUAAACUGGGCCAUUUUCUAAGGGGAAUGAAAUUGCCCGGAUGGAAACCUUCCUCCCCAUCAGGCACCACUGAAUUUCCCUUCUCAAUCCUUCGCUUAGACUCACAGUACAAGUAAACGCAACCUGUAACUCGUGGGGCUGCUGCAGCCUGCCUCAGCCUGUCAUAUGAACAAAUGCUCAUCUUUUGACUGAGUAUAUCAUAUAAGUAUUUCAAUUCAGGUAGAAGUACAGUUGUCGCUUGAAGGGAGCAGAUGUGGAAGGGAGUUUCGGGAGGGGUGAGAAGUUGGGAAAAGAGAGGCUAAUGAAUAAGGGUCGUAGCUCUAGCGCUGUUGAUGAGCCACAUUCCCAAGCAGAGCUGUAGCAUUUGUUGUUGACCUCUUGAGAUGAACUCUCCCACAGAACCUGCCAGACAGCACUGAGACAUGGAGAAAAUCCAGACAGAAAAUGGCUCACCCUGAUAAGGAAGGGCGAGUGACUAUAUUUUAAAUUAAACUUGCUUUUGCCAACACUGUGAGGUUUCUGUAAUAUUUAGCUUUUAUUUGGAAGCGAUCGCGUAUGGCAUUUUUUAUGCUGUUUGGUUUAUAUUGUCUACUGCAGGCUUCUCUGUAUAAGCUUGGCCCGGGCUCCCACUCUCCUGGACACUGUUUUAAAGUGUCACAGCUGCCCAUGCUGCCAGAGGCUCUGAUGUGAAGCUAUACUCUCUAGAACCACAUUUUUAAGUCGGCAUGAUCAGUGAUGACUUUUUGUGGCAACAGAAAACCAAUUAACUCAAAGGAGAGUAAAAAGGAAAGGAAAAUAUAAAUUGUGCCUCAUCUUUCAUUGAAUGCUAUAUUUAUUAUUCUAGAAAAAGAGAAUGUACAAAUGGAGAAUAGAGCAUCUACUUCAUCCCUCAGGCUGUCCAGGGGGAAAUACUUAAAAACAAAAACAAAAAAAAACAUUUAAUGGAAAAUUUAAAGAUCUUCAAAUUUAAUUUUUAAAAAUAGUUUUAUACCAAAUAUUAUAAGGAAUAUUAAACAGAUUAAAGACUUUGUAAAAUAAGUGCUUAACUUAGCUAAGCACCCCUGUAUCUAAUUAAUAAAAUUGUUUAAAAGGAGUUGGAAUAGAAACCAAUAUCAGAGUCCUCACAGAGCUGCACUCUUGAAGGUGCCCCUGCAGUCAGACACCUCAGGUACCCAGAGGCCCCAGCACUAGACACUGUUGAGAAGUUAGUAUUUAUGAAGAUUUUUAUUAAAGACAAGAGUUCCCUGCUGCAUAAGUUAGUGGCUGUUGUGAGGGAAAUGUCCCUUUGCCUUUAAUUUAUUUACAUAUUGGAAGUACAUUAAUUUCUUAUUAGUUGCUUCUUACUUUAAAUGGAAACACUCUAAAGAGAAGAAAAUAAGAACCAGGUAGAAGUUGACUAGAUGUUGCCAAAUCAAACCCAAGCUCUCCUAACCGAACCUUAUGGACCUGCUUCUCUCCCAAACAAGUAGUUCGAGCCCCGUUCCAGGAACCCUUUGAGUUGGCUGGUGUGUUUACUUUCUGCUGUAGCCAGCCAAGAUGAAUGCACCCUGGCCCUUGAAAAGGAUUUUUACCUCAGUCUAGCUUGACCCUCAUACUUGCGGUUGCCUCUGAGAGGAGCAUCCAUGCUAGCUAGCAUCAAAAAGAUUAGGAAUGCCCUCAACAGCCAGAAACUGAAGCUCUUACUAAAUGGUGGGCAGAGCUCUUGCCAGCUUUGAUCAAACCCCUUAAGCUUAGGGGGGCAGUACCACACUGUAAAGAAUUUCCAGAUGUCUCUUUAAAAGUCAUAAAUAAAAUUGGAAACUGUAGAAGUGUUAAUGUGUCCUAUGGACUCAAUAGCAGAGUUUAUUUUUGUUUUUCAUGGCAAGGCUUCUAGAGUCAGUGAUUGUGUGAGUUCCCUUCUCUGGCUAUGCUUCCAGUUCCAUCCAAGUGCAAGAAUGAAUGGGGUGGGUUGGCUGACAAUGCGGUGUGGGCCCCAGCCAGGCCCCAACAUAAGCCUGAGAGAGGUGUGGGCAGUAGUGCAGAAUGAAAACAUGGUUGGGUGUGGGAGGUGGGAUAGGGGUGGGCAGGCAGGGAGGGAGAAAUGGAAUUUGUUUUACUUACUGAUAAAGCUUUGUGAACUAAUUUUAUACAAUUCAUAAAAUUUGGUGCCUUGUACCCAAUUAUGGUUUGCAUGGGAUUGAAAAGGUUAAGGGAAGGGGUUCCUUCUUGUCAUUUCAAAGGGCAAAUUGGUCUGUAUAGUGUAAAGGACAUUUGGUAUCAGACUUUUUUAAAGCAUUUCAUAUCUCUUGUGUGUGAAAGCAAAUUAUUCUUACCAGCCAAGAUCUGAAAUUUUUCUGUAAUAUCCAAAAUGUCUGUAUCUGUGAUUGUUCAUGAAAUGGCUGCUUUUCAAGGCAGACUAUGUACCCCAUUCUUUUUCACCACCUCUUUUAUGUUCAAAACAUUAACUCAGGCCUUUUCAAAUCAGGCUGGGAGGGCCACCCUUUCGUAAACAUGUUAUACCCCUAUCUGGGGUUAUAUUUUAUGAGUGGAAGGGUUGCUUUUCUAGCUGGUUGGGAGAGCACAAACAUUCAGAAAAGGCCUUUCCGUUUCUUCUAAUGCUGGGCAACUUCUGGUAGAAGUACAACAAAAAUGGGUCCUCCUGAAGUGCUACUACUUUCAUCAGUUCUGAAGUUGUUCUGCACAAAUUUUCAGGAAGCAGUAUAGAACACAAUCCCCUAUAUGUGAACCUUUUAGUUUAGAUUGUAAGGUAAGCCAGUGCACUGUGUAAUAUGCAAAAGAGAAGGCUCCAAGAACCAGCCCAGCCCCUUUUCCCGGAGGGAGCUACAGAUGGUGCUGAGUGGCUGUGAAAGGAGACCUAGUCUGCUCACCCACGGGGCUGUUUCUAGCAUGUCCUUUUCCUCUGACCUGCAAGUUCCCACCGAGCUCAUGAGACUUCACCAAAGGGUAUUUUAAAAGCUCACCAUUUGGGGCCGGCCGAGUGGCUCAGUUGGUUAAGAGCUCACUCCAGAGUGCGAGCUCUGAGCAACAGGGUCGCCUG